AUCGAACAUGCCACUAGCCUCUAUAAUGAAAUCAUUUUUUAUAAGGGUUACACUAUUGAAGGAGAAAUUUCACAACUCUCUACCUAGCAGUGAAUUCACACUAAAAUGUUUAUUGAGCAACUUUACAAAUAUUGUGCAAAAUUCCUAUGCAGGGUACCUACUCAAGGCCACUGAACUGUGAGUCACACAAUUCUUAUUAAAACCUAUGCAUCACAAAUUCACAAAUCGACAAACUAAUUCACAAUCACAACAUUGACUAUUUAAUAUUUGGAGUUCAGCCCUGAUCGACUUUGAUAAGAAUGACAGAACACUACAAUGUCAUCAAAAGUAGGAAUAAGCAAUGUUUUACUCACCAAUAGUUGGUAUAGUUGUUACAAUUUCUCCUAAUUUUAGUUUAUAUAAAAUUGUGGUUUUACCAGCAGCAUCUAAACCUACCAUCAAUAUCCUCAUUUCCUUUUUGCCAAAGAGGCCUUUAAAUAAAUUCGCAAACACAUUACCCAUUGUGAUUGCUUAUGAUAUAAACCUGAAAAAAAAUACAAACCGUUAUUUUGAAAAACGCUAACACAUUCACCCGUCCUCCCAAAAAAUUAUCUGAUGUCAAUAUGGCGGACUAAGAAGAGAAUCGCACUUCAUGCCACGUCUUGAGAACCAGCGUGUCGUAUUGGCCGGCGCAUGACACGUGACCUUUAGUCAUCGUUCUCUAACCUGAAAACAUGGCACGUUUUAAACAUUAAUGAAAAAAAUACAAUCUAGUUUUCGAAGUAUUUAUUAAAAAUGCCAUAUCCGAACUCUCCUUUCGUAGAAAAUUUUAAUUCCAAACUGAUUAACAGCUUAUUAGUAGAAAAAAGUGAAAACAAAAAAACGAUUUCAAACGAUGAUUUAAAUAAAAUUCUUAAAUGGCUGUGCUCAUCGCCUAAAUUAACAUCAAUACGAGUAAAUACCCUAAAGGCAGACGUAGAAAAAGCUCUACAAACAAUUAAAUCCCAUUUUGCAACAUCGCAGCCACUAAAAAUGUUCGUUCAUCCUUGUCUUUCUAAUACUAUACUGAUUGAAAGCGAAGAUAUUAGCAAGAAAACUUUUCCAAAAUUUGAAAAAGAAAUAAUAGUAGACACGGAAUGUGGUUGUGCGGUACUUAGAGGUGCACAUAUUUUUGCACCUGGUGUUUUAGGAAUGGUUUCAGGUUGCCAAGUCGAUGAUAAUGUCAGCAUUUACGCCGAUAUUGCAAAAAAGUGUAAAAAAGGUUUGCAAAAAGUGUACGAGGGGCAAAAAUUGUUCAUUGGAAAUGGUAGAGUUAAGAUGCAACGUCAUCAAUUGUUUGGCAAAAAUAUUACGUCGAGUGGCGUUGCAGUAGAAAUUAUGGAAACAAUUUCAGGAUGUUUGGCUAUAAGCGAUAAUGUUUUAUCGUUGGGACAUGGUUUGCUUCAAAAUUUGCCUUCGAUAUUAUGUGUUCAGGCAUUAACGCCACUGCCCGGUGAUGUUGUAUUGGAUAUGUGUGCAUCUCCUGGAAAUAAGACCACGCAUAUAGCAGAAUUAAUGAAAAACGAAGGAACUUUAAUUGCGAUAGACAAGACUCCAAGAAAAGUAAAUCAAUUAAAAAUUCGUUGCAAAGAUUUUGAAUCCGAGGUUUUUGCUUUUCAAGCAGAUUCCACGUCGAUAGUAGAAAAAGAAAACCAUUUGAACUCCAGAAACGUAACUGACGGUCCACCGUUUUUGGCCGAAACGUUCGACAAAGUAUUACUCGACGCGCCCUGUAGCGUGUUGGGCAAGCGACCGCAGUUGGCCAAUAGAAUGUCGGAAAACGAAAUAAAGUCGUAUGUCCCUUUGCAGAGAAAACUGUUAGAAGCGGCAGUAGAUCUGCUGAAACCUGGAGGAAAAAUGGUUUACAGCACUUGUACCAUAACCUUGGCAGAAAACGAAGGAUUGGUAGCGUGGGCGUUACGGAAAUUUCCUAAUCUCAAGUUAGUUAAGCCUGAUUUAAGUUUAGGAGGACGAGGUUGGACAGGAAGUUCUUUGACAGAUGAGGAAUUAAAUAUGGUGCAAAGAUUUGGACCGGAUGAUGAAGUAGAUUCGGUUGGGUUUUUCUUUGCGUGUUUUUUAAAAAAAAUCUGAUGGGUAUUUUAUUUUACACAUUUUUGGAUUUAUUAUUUUUCAUUUUAUAUAAUAAAAAUUGCUAUAUUAA